UGAAAAGUUAAAUAGUAACCCCGGCGUUGAAUAUAAUUAAGAUAGAGAUGACUGCUGUGGGAAUCAAUGGAUUCGGAAGAAUUGGACGUAUGUGUUUGAGGGCCUGUCUCGAAAAGAAUUUACAAGUGAGCCACAUCAACGAUCCUUACAUUGCAGCAGAUUACAUGGUGUAUUUGUUCAAGUACGACUCUACCCACGGAUCACUGCCGGAUAAAAUUUUUUGCGAAGAUAACUCCCUGGUGAUAAGAGGUAGGAAAAUAUCCACCUCGCAAGAAAAGGAUCCCGCUAAAAUUGGCUGGGACGAAGUGGGGGUGAAAUACGUGAUAGAAGCUACCGGCGUCUUCACCACUCUCGAAAAAGCAAGCCGGCACGUGGACGGGGGUGCAAAACGGGUCGUGAUCACCGCGCCAUCUGUCGACGCUCCGAUGCACGUCUACGGCGUGAAUCACCGCUGUUACGACCCCACAGUCGGAAAUGUCGUUUCCACAGCCUCCUGUACUACCAACUGCGUGGCGCCAAUCGUCAAAGUUAUGAAUGACAAUUUUGAAAUAAUCGAAGCCAUGAUUACGAGCAUUCACGCAGUGACGGCUUCCCAGAAAACUUUAGAUGGUCCUACGGGAAAGCUUUGGAGAGACGGCCGGGGGUGUUGUCAGAACAUCAUCCCCACGUCUACCGGUGCUGCGAAGUCCUUGGCCAAGGUCAUUCCGGAACUUAAGGACAAAAUAUCCGCAAUCGCUUUCCGCGUACCUGUGCCUAAUGUUUCCGUAUGUGACAUCACUUUUCGAGUUUCGAAACCGACGACUUACGACGAGGUCAAAAGAGCUAUGAAGCACGCGUCUGAAGGUGAAUUCAAGGGUAUAAUGGCGUACACCGAGGACGAUUGCGUCUCUUCAGACUUCAAUCAUACGACGUACUCGUGUACGUUCGAUGCCAAGGCGGGUAUCCCGCAAACGAGUACCUUCAUAAAGGUGGUCGCAUGGUACGACAACGAAUACGGUUAUGCCCAUCGUGUCGUCGAUAUGAUUGCUUUCAUGCAGGAUACCGACCAGGGAUAACGGUGCUAUAAUGAUGUCGAGAAGACGUGCGAUUUUUUAAUAUUUAUACCCCAUAAUAUGCAAUUUAAUGUAUGCCAUAUUAGUUGUGUAACAUUAUUGUUUCUUUCAUCAAAUUUUCGUUCGUAUUUUCAUUAUUGCAAAAAUAAUAAACUCGACACGUGAAAAAA